CUCAGAGGGACUUGUUGAGGGGGAUCAGCUGGUCGGACGGCAAGCUCAAAGUUCAACAUAACCCCCUGGUUGCCGCAGACCUUAACCGCAAAUGCGCCAAUCGAAUUCGAUGAUGAGCUGAUAGGGACCGUUGGAAGAGCUUGGUUCUGCUUCAUCAAGUGACAUGAUGGAGGGAUUGGAGGUCACUUGUGUAUCAGAGGGGUCACCCCAGAUCAGCCAGCUCAAUGACGACAACAAAACUGAGGUGCAUGAAGAAGACUAUAUCUGCCUCAGCAGUAGAGACGAGGCAGACCAUCAUAAUCAAGCAGAUAAUGGAGCACAGUUUAACAGUAACUCAGUUGAGGUCACAGUGGAUGUUCAAAUGGAAGUACAGGCAGAGUUGAAUGCUCAAGCGGAAAAUCUAAUGGAGGUCGGGGAGAGGGAGCAGGAUGCUGAUGGCAGGUUAUUCCCAACAGCAGAUUGCAGACCUGUUCAUAUGGUCUCAGUUGGGGCUUGUGAAGCCUCAGUAGCGCCAAAAGCUGCUUUGGGUGAGGUGGUCGAAAGUUCUCCCUCUGUUCUCAAAGGUUCAACAGAAACCUCAUUGACUGUUGAGGUGAAGAAAGAAUUGUCUGACCCAUCUCUAAAUGAAAAAAUCCAGCCUUCACCCCCAAGUCCUAGAUAUUCCGAGGAAAUAUUGCCUGUUAUCGGUGGUGGAACAGUAGAAAAUUCCUUGUCCUCGACCCUCCAAAACGACUCUGAACACUUGCUUACAAACUCAUUGCCGGGCAACAAGACGUUAAAUAGCCCCUCCAACCUGGGCUCUGACCCAGUUGGCUGCUCAGUUGGUUCCAGCCCUCAAACCAGUGCCAACACCACAGUCCACACAAACUCUUUGUCUAACCCCUAUGAUACAGACUGCAGCCACAGACUUAUCUCCCAUAUCCAGCGCUCGCUGUCCCAGGAGUCUCUGCUGGAUGAGCUGGAGUCAGAGAUUUUGGCCUAUCAGCUGCCUAAGGGUGGAAGUGAAGAAGAGAGGAAAGGGAGCCCUCCUGUCAACGGCCUUCCCACGGACCAAGAUGGCUGCAUGGUGGUCUUGGAGAAGUGUGUCCAGUAUAAGUACGCACAACAGGAGAAGGCUAUAAAGAGGUUGCUUGAUGAAAACAAGAAGCACCAAGAGCUGAUCUUGGGCAUCUGUGCAGAGAAGGACACCAUGAGAGAAGAGCUGAAAAAGAGGGCUGAGGUGGAGAAGCAGCACAUGGUCAGCAUUAAGAAGUUAGAGAGCAGGGUGGAGACACUACUGAAAGAGCUGAGAGAGUCAAGAGACAAGCUGGUUCACCAGGACCAGGCAGCUAAAGGCGCCCUACAGCAGAUUCAGCGGGAAAUGGCACUUCGUCUGGAGCAGGCAAACAAGAAGUGUGAAGAGGCACGCCAGGAGAAGGAGACUAUGGUGAUGAAAUAUGUGCGGGGGGAGAAGGAGGCGCUGGACCUGCGUCGAGAAAAGGAGACGCUGGAGAAGAAGCUGAGGGAGGCUACAAAGGAGGUGGACCGGCAGGCCCUCAGAGGAAACCAGCUGGCCCAGGAGAAAGGCCGGCUACAGCAGCUGUAUGAUGCAAAGGAAGGGGAGGUUGUGCGGUAUUCCCGAGAGCUGGACAAGAUGAAGGAAGAGGUCAACUCCCAGCUCAUCAAAGUCAAGUGGGCCCAGAACAAACUCAAGACUGAGAUGGAUACCCAUAAGGAGACUAAAGACAAGCUGAAGGAGACCAUGGCCAAAUUAGCCCAGGCCAAAGAAGAGACUGAGCAAAUUCGAAAAAACUGCCAGGAUAUGAUUCGCACAUACCAGGAGUCAGAGGAGAUAAAGUCCAAUGAGCUGGAUGCUAAGCUACGGGAGACCAAAGGAGAGCUGGAGAAACACAAGCAGGAGCAGACGGAUCAACUUGAGGUGCAGCGAGUACAGACCAAAGAGCUGGAGGACCUGAAGAGAAGUUACAAAGAGGGCAUGGAUGAACUCAUUACCCUGCGGACUAAGUUAAAGUGUCUGGAGGAUGAGCGUCCACGCUGGGAAGAUGAGCUGACCAAGUACAGGGAGAUCAUUAACAGGCAGAAGGCUGAGAUCGGCCAACAGAGAGACAAGCUGGGGGAGAUCACUACAAUGCAAGAGCAGCAUAUGUGUGACGAGCGGGAGAUGGCGUCUCUACAUGAAGAAGUGGAAGGCCUGACCAGCCAAGUGGCUGACCUCCAGCAUGACGUGCAGGGCAGUAGGGAGCGUGAGGCCGAGCUACUAGGCUUCACUGAGAAACUGAGCAGCAAAAAUGCCCAGCUCCAGUCAGAGAGCAACGGAUUACAGGCCAAGCUGGACAUGCUCACCAGCAGCUCCACAGAGCUCCAAGCAAGGCUGGAGGAGGCCCGCAGGCACCUCGAUGACAAGUCACAGCAGCUGAAGCAGAGGGAGGUGCUGAGGCAGCAGGAGGUGGAGGGCCUGCAGAAGGAGCGAGCAGCACUGCAGACAGAAGUGACCAACCUCAACACCCGGGUGGAGGAACUGAGGGAUGAGCUCGUGACCCAGAAGAGAAAGCAGACUGCCAACAUCAAGGAUCUGACAAAACAGUUAACACAAGCUCGUAAGAAACUGGAGCAGGUCGAGAAUGGAGGAUGUGAUCGGGAGGUCAGCAGCAUGGGUAGUCGCUCCAGCUCCUCAGGGUCAUUAAACGCACGCCACGGUGGGGUAAGUGGUAUUGAGGAGCGCUCACCGGAGAGCCAGUCCAGUCCCUCUGUGGUUGUCAUGGACAGCUUCCCAGAAGUGGACAAAGCUGUGCUAGUGGAGCGCAUCGUCCGGCUGCAGAAGGCCCUGGCCCGCAAGCAGGAGAAAAUCGAGUUCAUGGAGGACCAUAUCAAGCAGUUGGUAGAGGAGAUCCGCAAGAAGACCAAGAUUAUCCAGAGUUAUGUGCUAAGAGAAGAGUCAGGAGCUCUUUCAUCCGAGGCCUCAGACUUAAACAAGGCUCACCUUAGCCGGCGGGGGGGCAUCAUGGCUUCGUUGUACACUUCCCAUCCAGCUGACAGCGGGCUGACUCUCGACCUGUCUCUGGAGAUCAACAGGAAGCUGCAGUCAGUGUUGGAGGACACACUGCUCAAGAACAUCACCCUCAAAGAGAACCUCCAGACUCUGGGAGCAGAAAUCGAGAGACUUAUAAAACAGCAGAGAGAUCCUGAUGACGGCUAAGGAGGAACUGACCCAAUCAAGUCAAAGGAGGGAUAAAGUGAAGGACCAAGAGAACUGUCUUUAGUAGACUCCAACCUGCAAUUUUUGGUUGAUAGGAAAACUUAAGAAGAUAUACACACACACACACACACACUCAUGAAGGAGCAAUUUGAAUGUUUAAAUCAGCAGUAGCACCUCAGGUAGUAACGGAGAGCCCCUUGAACUAUGUUUGUUUCUGCCUCAAAGGGGAUAGAUUUACUUUACUUGAACUGUCGCGCAUCCAUCCUCACUGAUCCACUUCUUCUUCUUUCCGAACUGGGCAUGUUGGCCCUCACUUGUUGGCUGGCCAGUGCCCAUCUCUCCCCUCAGCUGUAUCCAUGUAAACCCUCUGACACCAGUGCUUAAAGCAUCAGUACGUGCUUGCCUUUAUAACCAGUAGUAGAAUGCACACUACAGCACCUGCAGGAGGUGGCCAACAUUACACCAGUCUGUUUGCCAUGGGUUUGCCGAUAAGAUCCGUUCCAUUAAGAGGAAAGAAGGUCAGUGUUCCAGUACUUUUUGUAUGUAAGUUAUCGAGGCUUUCAGCAACCCACAGUUCUCGCAAACUGCAGUAUUUAUUACUCAAAGCAGCCAAAGCUCAUUGCCUAGCUGGUCUUGGAUCAGUGCUCUCACUGUUUCUAUCCCACUGCAAAUUCACCACAUAUAGCCCCUUUUUUUGUGCAUAUUUUUCCCCUUUUUCUCCCCAAUUGUAUCCGGCCAAUUACCCCACUCUUCUGAGCCGUCCCGGUCGCUGUU